GCAAUCUGCGGCCACAGAUACAUGAGCCAAGACAGCCCUGCGCAAUAUUCUCCGUAGCUAAUUCAAUGGGCUACAACUUCGAUAACGUUCUCAAAGCGUAGUAAUAUCUAAGAAAGAAGGCGACAUUAAGACCAGGGAAUAUCCCUGCAGCGGGUGUUUGCGCUAUGGCGUGGAGGCAGCGGAGGACAAGGUAGCCAUCAGUUGAACACCAUCGUCGUGCGCAAUAACAAAUCACCGGUACGCAAUAAUGAUGUUUAACUUAAUUCGCUCACGAACGGUACUUGGUCAAAUCUGUGGAUAUAAAGCAAAACAAUGUUUUUAACAAGUAAAAUGACAAUAGAUGCGCAUUGAAAGACAUGUCCAAAGAAACAGGCUUUUUGUCUUAAAAAGUAGCCUUUACUUAGAGAUCCAUUUAGAUAUGUUAAUUGAGCAGGAUAGGCUUCUAAAGACUGGACAUGCAUUUAUGUUCCUGUACUGAACACAUGAUUUAUCUGCGAAGAAAAUAGUUCUAGAGUUAAAUAGAGAUUAACCUCAUUUAGAGGGUGCAUUUAUAAAUACGGAGGAGUUGUCGAGCCGCAGUUAUGGUGGUGGAAAGGACACUGAUUGCCGCAAGGCAGGGGGAUGUCCAAACUCUGAAAGUGCAAUUAGCGGAGAAAGUACUGAACAGCGGAGUAAAGGACCUUUUGGGAGCCUCACCUGUCCACCAUGCCGCCCGUACUGGAAAACUGACUUGCCUGCGUUUCCUCGUGGAAGAAGUGGGUUUACCGGGCAACGGUUUGGCGAAUAAUGGCGCCAGCCCCGCACACGACGCGGCUGCCACUGGUAACCUGGCCUGCUUACAGUGGCUAUUGACUCAAGGGGGAUGUCAUACCGCGGACCGGGAUAGUUCCGGAGCCACCGUUCUCCACCUCGCCUCCCGGUUCAGCCAUCACGAGAUCACUGAUUGGUUGCUGAAGAGCGGGGAGGCUGAUGCCGGGGUGUCCACAGAGACUGGGGCCCUGGCUGUCCACUAUGCUGCUGCCAAGGGAGACCUGCCCUCCCUCCGACUCCUGUUGAGACACAUCCCAAACGUUGUCGAUUCCCAAACAAAGAAUGGUGCCACACCCCUCUACCUGGCCUGCCAGGAGGGCCACCUGGAGGUCGUCCAAUACCUGGUGAAGGACUGCGGGGCGGAGCCAAGCAUCAGAGCCAAUGACGGGAUGACACCUCUGCAUGCUGCUGCCCAAAUGGGCCAUAACACUGUCAUUGUCUGGCUGAUGAGCUUCACAGAGAUCAGCCUGUCAGACCGGGACUGUGACGGUGCCACGGCCAUGCACUUCUCCGCCAGCCGCGGCCAUGCCAAGGUGCUCAGCUGGCUGCUACUGCACGGUGGCGAGAUCAUCACCGAUAGCUGGGGCGGAACGCCGCUACACGAUGCUGCCGAGAACGGGGAGCUGGAGUGCUGUCAGAUCCUGGUGGUGAAUGGGGUGGACCUGGGCAUACGGGACCAGGACGGCUUCUCGUCGACUGACUUGGCAGAGUACAACGGGCACGUCCAGUGUGCCAAGUACCUGUGCACUGUUGAGAACAUGAGUGUGGCACACCGCGUGCUUUCCAGGGACCCAUCGGCCGACCUGGAGUACAGCAAGCAGCACGACAUGGGCCUGUCAUCCCCCAACAACACAAUGUCCCCAGCGGGGUCGCGGCAGACCCAGCAACCGGCCCACUUUGACAUGGGCUCGCCCUCCAGCACCCUGUCCAACUACGACUCAGCCAACUCCAGCCAGUGUAGCAUGGGAGAAAAGCGGAGCAGCUCACCCCCUUCAUCACGAGCCCCCACUGGCGGAGGCCCAGCGGAGUCGGCCAUAAAUGACAUGCAUACUUACACGGAUAUGCUCAACCCUGACGUGGAGCCCGGAGCUCCCAAGUGCAAGGAGCCCGCCGCCACCGCUCAGCCGCCUCCCCCACCCCUGCUGGCCUUGCCAACGCCCCCUCCCCCUGACUCCCCCUCCCAAACGCUCCUGCCUCCCCCCGAAUACCCUCUGCCACAGCCCCCCGUGGACUCAGCCGAUAUCUAUCUGAAGGCGAAGAGCAACCUGAGGCACGUGGAGGAGGUGCAACUGACUCCAGAAGAGAGCCACGAUAGGCUGCACCGGGUGGACUCCAACAGAAAGUCUCGAAACUUCAACAAGCAGCCCAGCACGGGGGACUACUACAAAGCCCUGGGUAGCGACACGGUCGACUACCGUGGGGUCCGAACCAUGGCGCCUAACAAGGAGGGUUCUCUGUUAUUGGAGGAGUCAGCCGACAGCCCCGCCCCCAGCCCACAGAACAGCACCACCGAGUUGCCCCUCCCUCCUCCCCUGCCCCCACUCCCCAUCAGCAAUCUCACCCCGGCACCCCCUCCUCCCCCACCAUUGCCCUCAGAAAUGCCCACCUUCCAGUACAGCACCAACCAGCGACGCCCCUCCUCUUCAGGAAGUGUGGAGUUUCUGUCCCCCUCUCCUCAGCCUGAAGGCGGCCCACUUAGGGUGAUAAAGAGCAACAAAUCCUUCAACAUGAUGUCCCACCUCGGAGACAACACGGAGUUGCUGGCUGAAAUAAAAGCGGGGAAGAACCUGAAGCCCACCCUACACAGUAAAGGCUACACAACAGUCUUCUCCAACAGCGGCCUGCCGGGCACUAAUGGAGAGAGCCCCAUGUCACCACCCCAGACCCACACGGUAAGCCCGUCCUCAGCCAAGCCCACGUCUCCGCCCUCCACCGCCAGCGCCACCUCCCCACCCGCCGCCCCCAGCCCUGUGGGCACCAGCACGCCCCGGACCCUCUCCACCUCCAUGAGCAGCGAGCAGCACCUCAAUAGGAACGUCAGCGGGGCAGAAAGCCUGAUGGGACAGACCUGGAAGGGUAGCCUGGCGGACGUGGUGGCCCUAGUGCCCACACACGACGAGCAGGGCCGAGCCAUCCCUGAAUGGAAAAGGCAGGUGAUGGUGCGCAAGCUCCAGGUGAAGAUGCAGGAGGAGGAUGAACACAAGCGCAAGGUGGAUGAGGAGGUGGCGCGCCUGGCGUCCAUGCCAGGAUGGCGAAGGGACAUCAUCAAGAAAAAGCUUGAUGAAGAGAAGGGGCAAAAAAGAAAAGAAGAGGAGCUUGCAAACAAGGCAAAGGAGAGCGGGGAGAAGAAAGAGCAGGAGCGACUACGGACCAUGGGUUACAACGAGAGCAAGUUGGCACCAUGGCAACGGCAGAUCAUCCUGAAGAAAGGAGACAUAGCGAAACAGUAGAUAGGGCCUCCCCAUCCAACCCUCUUCCCCUUCAAUGUCAACCAACCAACCCCCAACCACUACCAAAAUCCCCUCCCAUACCCAACCCUCAUCGCACCCCACCCCAACCAGGUUUCCACUAGAUAACACAGCCACAAAGU